GUAUAAAUAGGUUAUCCAUCUCCCUUGAGAAAUAUCUUCUCAUCCGUCUUUCUAUGGCCCUAGUCUUCUCUAUCGUAAAUUGGCUAACGACAAUUACCUUGGAUUUGGAACCCAGCCAUCGCGGAGGAAACAUGAGACAUUCGGUGAAUCGUCCGCCUACGCCGGACGAACAAGAAAAGGAACCUUCGCUUCAAGAUCUCAUCAACCUCAAGUUGGUUGAGAGUGGGGAAAAGGAACGCUUGAUGGAGCUUCUGAGAGAGAGGCUAGUUGAAUGUGGAUGGAAGAAUGAAAUGCUAUCUCUUUGUAGGGGCUUUAUAAAGAAGAAUGGUCGGAACAGUGUCACCCUCGAUGAUCUAAUUCAAUUAAUUACCCCAAAAGGAAGAUCAUCAAUCCCUGAUUCAGUUAAAGCCGAGCUGUUUCAAAGAAUACGCACUUUUCUCAUCUCAACAUCACUUUGAUGGUUGGGGUGCAUAUUGAUGAUCGAAUGCUUCAUUUUUUUAACAUGUAUUUGUUUCUCCAUGGGUGGCUUAAUGUUGAUUUAGAAGUUUGGUGUGUGGGGCAGGGAGGGAGGGAAAAGAGGCACCUUGUGAUCAUAUUUCUCUGCGCUGCGUGCGGUUGUAAUUUAUGUAUUGCAAGUAAACAAAGCGUGUGAUUUUGCGACUGUUUUAUUCAAAAACAUAGGUAGGAACUUGAUUCUACUCCAUUAAUUAAGAUGAUGAAGACGGUGAUUUGAUGCUUAUAAUUCAUUUAACACCCAGCCGCCCUUGAAUAGCUGAAACCUGAAAAAUGAUGGCGGCCAUACCCCCGUAGUUCUUCAUAUUGUAGGUAAUGAUGAAACUACAGUAUCUUCUUGUUGUAAUUUUUUAGACCAACUUUGCUUUUUACAUGUUUAGCAAGUGUGUAUGUGUAAUUCCUUCACUUUUGUUUUUAUGUCCAUAUUUUAUGUUAGUAAUCUCAAUUUGUAGCCAACUUUGGUGCUAUUUGGUACGAAAAA